AUGUCGUCAGCGCUCCGUCUUGGUUCUUCGGCCUUGCGGUCUUCCCUCGCCGCUCCAGCUUUCAAUGCCAGAACCGCUGCCUUCAAUGGCUUGCGAUGCUAUUCUUCGUCGAAAACUCAAACCCUGAAGGAGCGGUUCGCCGAACAACUGCCGGAGAAUAUUGAGAAGAUAAAGAAGCUCCGCAAGGACUACGGAUCGAAAGUUGUUGGCGAGGUUACUCUCGACCAAGUCUAUGGCGGUGCCCGUGGUAUCAAGUCUUUAGUCUGGGAGGGAUCUGUUCUCGACGCCGAGGAGGGUAUCCGCUUCCGAGGAAAGACAAUUCCAGAAUGCCAGGAGCUCCUGCCAAAGGCUCCUGGAGGACAGGAGCCUCUGCCGGAAGGCCUCUUCUGGCUUCUCCUGACUGGUGAAGUUCCCAGUGAACAGCAAGUCCGCGACCUCUCCGCUGAGUGGGCCGCCCGCUCCGAAGUUCCCAAGUUCGUGGAAGAGCUUAUCGACCGCUGUCCGAAUGACCUCCACCCAAUGGCCCAAUUCUCCAUUGCAGUCACUGCUCUGGAGCACGAAUCUGCCUUCGCGAAAGCAUACGCCAAAGGAAUGAAGAAGACCGAGUACUGGGGACACACUUUCGAGGACUCUAUGGAUUUGAUCGCCAAGCUCCCAACUAUCGCUGCCAGAAUCUACCAAAACGUAUUCAAAGGUGGCAAGGUCGCACCUGUCCAGAAAGACAAGGAUUACAGCUUCAACUUUGCCAACCAAUUGGGUUUCGGUGAGAACAAGGAUUUCGUUGAGCUGAUGAGACUGUACCUUACCAUCCACACUGAUCAUGAGGGUGGUAAUGUCAGUGCCCACACCACUCACUUGGUUGGCAGUGCUCUCAGCUCUCCUAUGCUGUCCCUCGCCGCUGGUCUGAAUGGUCUUGCCGGUCCUCUCCACGGUCUCGCCAACCAGGAAGUUUUGAAUUGGCUCACCAAAAUGAAGGCUGCCAUUGGCAAUGAUCUGAGUGAUCAAGCCAUCAAGGACUACCUCUGGUCUACACUCAAGGCUGGUCAAGUCGUCCCCGGUUACGGACAUGCUGUUCUCCGCAAGACCGAUCCUCGUUAUAUGGCUCAGAGAGAAUUUGCCGAGAAACAUCUCCCGGAUGACAAGAUGUAUCAACUGGUUAGCCAGGUUUACAAGAUCGCUCCAGGUGUUCUGACGGAGCACGGAAAGACCAAGAACCCGUAUCCGAAUGUAGACGCCCACUCUGGUGUUCUCCUCCAAUAUUACGGCUUGACUGAGGCUAACUACUACACCGUUCUCUUCGGUGUUUCCCGUGCCAUUGGUGUCCUUCCUCAACUCAUCAUUGACCGCGCAGUUGGCGCUCCAAUCGAACGACCAAAGUCCUUUUCAACAGAGAAGUGGGCUGAGAUCGUCGGAGCCAAGCUGUAA